AUGCUGUCCCGGGUGGUACUUUCUGCCGCCACCGCAGCAGCCCCCUCUCUGAAGAACGCGGCCCUCCUUGGUCCAGGGGUAUUGCAGGCAACAAGGAUCUUUCACACAAGUCUUGCCCCUGUACCACCUCUUCCUGAAUAUGGAGGAAAAGUUCGUUUGGAACUGACCCCUGAGGAAUUUUUCCAGUUCCUUUAUCCUAAAACUGGUGUAACAGGACCCUACGUGCUCGGAACUGGGCUUAUCUCAUAUUUACUCUCCAAAGAAAUAUAUGUGAUAACUGCAGAGACCUUCUCUGCCACAUCAACAAUAGGGGUUCUUGUCUAUGUAAUUAAAAAAUAUGGUGCCUCUAUUGGGGAAUUUGCUGAUAAACUCAAUGAGCAAAAAACUGCCCAACUGGAAGAAGUGAUACAGGCUUCCACCAAACAAAUUCAGGAUGCAGUUGAUCUGGAGAAGCCACAGGAGGCACUGGUUCAAAAGCGCCAUUACCUUUUUGAUGUCCAGAGGAAUAACAUUGCCAUGGCCUUGGAGGUUACUUACUGGGAACGGCUGCAUAGUGUAUACAAGGAGGUAAAGAAUCACCUGGACUAUCACAUCUCUGUGCAGAAUAUGAUGCACCAAAAGGAACAAGGGCACAUGAUAAACUGUGUGGAGAAGAAUGUGGUACAGAGCAUCUCUGCACAGCAGGAGAAGGAGACAAUUGCCAAGUCCACUGCAGACCUAAAGCUGCUAGCAAAGAAGGCUCAAGCACAGCCAGUUCUGUAA